UACCAGAUGAGAAAAUUUGAUCCACUCCAAGCAUUUUUGAUUUGCUUUUGGUGUUCAAAGUCUGUUGCCUGCUAGCUGUUUCAAUUUCUAAUCUAUUUUACUCAUCUUCACCCAUUACAUGUUCGCUCCAUCAACUAUGUAGGAAAUUCUUCUCCUUCUCUUCUGCUUCCAUCAUGGGGAAGAAAAAGGUCUUACUGAUGGGUAAAAGCGGCGCUGGCAAGACCAGCAUGCGCUCCAUUAUCUUUGCCAAUUAUAUCGCCCGAGAUACGCGCCGCUUAUGUGCCACAAUUGAUGUUGAACAUUCCCAUGUUCGCUUCCUGGGCAAUCUCGUACUGAACCUUUGGGACUGUGGCGGCCAGGAGUCGUUCAUGGAGAAUUAUUUCACCAGCCAGCGCGACAACAUCUUCAAGAAUGUGGAAGUGCUGAUCUAUGUGUUUGAUGUGGAGUCACGUGAGCAUGACAAGGACUUGCACUACUAUCAGUCUUGUCUGGAGGCCAUCCUUCAGCACUCACCCAAGGCACUCAUUUUCUGCCUCAUUCACAAGAUGGACCUGGUGCCCGAGGACCAGCGUGAUACGAAAUUCACUCAACUUCAAGAUAAACUUGCUCACCUGUCGCGGCCAUUAGAGGUGUCCUGUUUCCGCACCUCGAUCUGGGAUGAAAGCCUCUACAAGGCUUGGUCAGAAAUGGUGUACCACCUUGUUCCAAACAUGUCCCAGUUUGAGAGUAACCUGGAGAAAUUUGCAGAAAUUGUCGACGCUGACGAAAUCCUGCUUUUUGAGAAAGCCACAUUUUUGGUCAUAGCUCACUCUCUUCGACGCGAUCACCCCGAUCCACAUCGCUUUGAGAAAAUCAGUAAUAUCAUCAAACAAUUCAAGAUGAGCUGCAGUAAAGUACAAUCUCACCUGCGCAGCCUGGAGGUGCGCAAUACUAGCUUUGCUGCCUUCAUUGAGCUCUUCACUGCUAAUACAUACGUGAUGCUGGUUACUAGUGAUACGUCCAUGUCCUCAGCAGCUGCAGUUGUCAACAUCAAAAAUGCCAGAGUCCACUUCCAGAAGCUGGAGAAGGCACCAGAGAGUGCCAUGUCUCAGAUAAGGCAGAAUUAGCUUUUUACAUCCCUACAAUCACAAUACUUCAAUAGAGGCAUGUGCACAUACAACAACGACAACAACAACAGCACGCACAUGUGCACCUACAUACAAGCAUACAUGCAUACAUACGUUUAGGUAAUUCACUGCUUCAUCCUAGGCAACGAGUACUGUCAACAUCAUCAUUUAGAGCAACAGUUGGAGCAAUGCUGGCCUUUUUCGCUGAUGUCGUCCGGCCUAGACAAUACCCAAUGCCCAGGUACCGCCCAUUGCACCUUUACUGUGUCCACGCAUACUAGCCUGCGCGCACCCGCGAAGAUGUUUUGCAAUCCUUCAAUGGCAUUUGUAUUAGUAAUUAUUCGUCUUUGUGCAAGCGAUUAUGCAGGGUUUGGAUCGUUUGCAUAACUUGAGUCUUAUCGUAGUGGUUCCUUGUUUCAUGCAAUCCCUUAUUUUUGGCUGUCCCUUUAACCCGUCAUAUGUUCUUAUUUACCUGGUCUCCUGGCAUUUUGAUGCCCAUUCGUGAUGCUUGUCAAAACACACCCCCCCCCCCCCCUUCUUGUUCUAGAGUUUUCUCUUCUGCCUCCUGUCUUGUUACGUGCCCACUUAGCAGCUUUGUAGUUGGUGCAUUUGGAACCUGAACACGCUAUUCCACCACCCCACCGCUGCCACACUUGAUCCGAGAGUCGGCCCCGCUUCUCUGUUGUACCCUGCGCUCACCGUGAACAUCUUCUUUAGAGCCUCCCUCCCCCCUCACUGCUUUUUAUCACUCUCUUGUAGUGUACAGUGUUACCAACAAUCUUCUUGAUGGUGCGUUCAAUAUCACUUUCUUCUUGUAUUGCCUUCCAUGCUUUAUUUAUGGCAAGCAUAAUACCGUCAUCCUAUAGAACUAUUUUAGGUUUAUUGUUUUCCAAACAUAUUUUGCUGUAAGUUGAUAUUAGCGGAUGGAAGUUUUUACGGUUUUUCUUUCUCCAUCAGAAUCGGCACAGUAAUGUUUACGAGUUUGAUUGUGAGCGUUCGGCACACCA